AAAGCCAAUAGUGAAUACGAGUUUGAAUACACUCGGUGGCUCUUAACCAGCCUGGGACUCUGGUCCAAAUUAUCAAAAACCACACGCCUUGAAGAGAUAUGUGCAAUCUUGAUUAUUGCUCUUUUUAUUUGGGCUGUAAUUGUCACUGUCAUUCCCUGCACCAUGUUCUCGAUAAUUAAGAUAAAAACCAUGGAGGAAAGACUUGCAUUCAUCGGGCCUCUGGGAUUUUACUUCGUCAAUAACUUGAAGUACUUUUUUAUCAUACAUCAUGCCGAUUUGAUGAAGAAAUGUAUAAAUCAUAUGAGAGGAGAUUGGAUGGAAGCUGUUGGGGAGAGUGAACAGACUGUCAUGCUCGAGAGUGCAGAUGUAGGACGAAAAUUGACACAAGUAUGUGCUCUGUUUAUGUACAGCGGUGCAAUAUUUUUUCAAGCUGAAAAAAUGAUUGAACCCGCACCAGUUAAUUCUCUCAAUGUAACAAUCAGACGACAUAUCGUGCCCAGAUAUGAUUACGUCGUCGAUUCACAAAUCAGUCCAGUGUAUGAAUUAGCGUACGGCACUCAUCUCAUGUAUGCGAUUUUUCUUUAUACCAUUGAAGUGGCGGUAUGCAAUUUAGCUACUGUUUUUGUCGGGCACAUUUGUGGCCAAGUGCAAGUGAUGAGAUUGAAACUGGAGCAGCUUGAGCAAUGCGCCAUUUAUAAUAAUCACAAGGGCAUCGAUGAUUUCAUAGCAUCCGUAAUACAGUGUCAUGUUAAAAUAUUUACUGGGAAUGUUCGAACUGCUCUGAGUGAAAUUUGCUUGGUUGAGGCCAUAUAUUCGGUUGGAAUCAUUUGUUGGCUCGAAUUCUUCUGUCUAAAAGGAUUGAACGACAGCGACAUCCUUUCUAUAAUCACAUAUUCCACACUCUUCCUAUCUCUGUCGAUUAAUAUCUUCAUUCUUUGUUAUAUCGGAGAGAUACUGAAAAAUCAGAGUGAAUCCGUGGCUGAACUCACGUACAGAAUUGACUGGUGUCAAAUACCUCAAAGGAAACUUUCACCUUUCAUUUUAUUAAUCAGCAUGGCUAGAUAUCCGAGGAAUAUAACAGCAGGGGGAAUGAUGGAAAUGACACUUGGUAGUUUUGGUGUUGAAAACUUCGUUCGUAUAUUUCCAAAUGUUGCGGACAGUCACAGACCCGGAUAUAUAAUAUUCAUAAUCAUUCUGAGAAGAAAACUGAUUAAUUAUGAUUACCCCGAAGUAACUAAUAAAUACAACUAA